AUGCCCUCUUGGCCCAAUCUCUCGGAGUGCCUCUCCCAUAACUGCAGCUGGGAGGAGACCCACAACGCCACAAGGAACAGUGACGUUGACCUCCCUCCUCUAAAUUACUAUUCAAUCCCUCUCCUCACGGCCACCACUAUCGCCUGUACGCUGCUGUUUCUGGUCGGGGUGGUCGGGAACGUCAUGACCAUUUUGGUGGUCAGUAAGUACCGGGACAUGCGCACCACCACCAACCUAUACCUGUGUAGCAUGGCGGUAUCUGACCUUCUCAUCUUUCUCUGUAUGCCCCUGGACCUCUACCGCAUGUGGAGGUACAGACCUUGGCGCUUUGGGGACGCCCUCUGUAAGCUCUUUCAGUUUGUGUCCGAGUCAUGCACCUACUCCACCAUCCUGAGCAUCACUGCACUGUCAGUGGAGCGCUACUUGGCAAUCUGCUUUCCGCUGCGCGCCAAGGCCCUCGUUACCAAGAGGCGGGUGCGCGCCCUCAUUCUUCUAUUAUGGACAGUGUCCCUACUGAGCGCUGGACCUAUCUUUGUAAUGGUUGGAGUGGAGCGAGACGGCAUGGGACCGUCAAAUUUCAGUUCAGAAAUGAAUGAGACUGACUACUUUCUGGAGGCCGGGGACACCCGGGAGUGUAAGAUGAGGCAUUACGCCGUGGAGUCAGGUCUGAUGGGAGCCAUGGUGUGGCUGAGCUCUGUUUUCUUCUUCAUGCCGGUGUUCUGUCUCACAGUGCUCUACAGUCUCAUAGGCCGCCGUCUUUGGCAGAGACAUAGGGAGACAAACGUCAGCUCCCGUGUGGCUCACCGGGACAAGAGCAACAGACAGACCAUAAAGAUGCUGGUGGUAGUGGUGUUGGCCUUCGUCCUGUGCUGGUUGCCGUUCAACGUUUGUCGCUUCGUGCAGUUCCGUUCUCUAGAUGCUCCGUCUCCGCUGCUGUCCUUGUUGUCAGAGUACUGCAACUUGGUGUCCGUAGUUCUUUUCUACCUGAGUGCCGCCAUCAACCCCAUCCUCUAUAACACCAUGUCCUGGAAAUAUCGCGGCGCAGCAGCUCGCCUCUUCGGCCUGACAGACAACCAUCUGCCACGGAGCCGCACUGCAAGCACAGUGAAAGGAGACUGCUCCAACGGCUGGACCGAAUCCACAGUCAGCUUUUAA